AUGAUGGGACCCGCCCCUUCUCACCUAAUUUCUCCUUAUCCUCAGAAUGGCAAUGGGGAAACAAGCGACUAUGAGCAGCAAAAGGGCUCCAGCGACUUUCGCAAGAGCCAGGUCUUGCCCGUAGACGCACCCACACAACCUUUGCCGAACCACAGACCCAUCACUCUCAAGUGGCCCUUCCUUUGCGUGCUGAUCGCCGUUAUCAUGGGCUACAUGGCCAUGACCGAGUAUGCACUACAAACGCUGCCUGCUGAGACUGGGAGAGGGGAGAUUGGCGCGUUUAGUGACCUCCCGGCGGGCCAGAGAAAGACCAUCGAGGCUCAGGGCAUCCCUUCGACCAUCACCAGCUCGGUUAGCAGUACGAUUGUUACUGUCACAUCGGUCUCCAAUCCUCAGAAGCGAGUUCCGCAAGAGAGCCCGACCCCGACACCGCCGCCGGCCGAGAUUGGUAUUCCAACUGAACCACCUGUAGAGCAGGAUCCUAAUGAGGGAACCCCCGAUCCGGAUCCCGGUAAUGGCGGCGGGGGCGGAGGCGGGGGCGGUGGUGACCUGGUUGUCACAGCCUCUACUCCUGUCGAGAUUCCCACCGUAAUCGAUGGCGAGAGUACGACCAUAACUUCGACAUCAACCAUGCUGAAUGUCGUCACAACUGUACCCAACUUCGUUACGGCUGACGUGACAACUUUGACGGAUUCGAAUGGCGUUCCAACCGCGACCUUCACGAGCACUCCGCCUCCCGUAUCGACGCCGACGGUGAUUACUACCACCAACGCUCGCGGCGAGACCACCGUGAUAUCCACGAGCGCCCUAGUAUCCGCAUCCACCUCAGUUCUCACCGACUCUAACGGGGUUGCAACGGCAACCCAAACCUUUACCCGUCUCAGCCGACUGGUAGCACGGCACCCCGCCGCGCAGUCGGUCUUGUUGCGCAUGGGCGGCAUCUUUGGCGUACAGACGGCGAUCCGGUCUUUGAAGCAGAUGAAGUUCCUGCCGUUCCUCUCCAGUCUGCUUCUCUGGUGCUCCACAAUUCUCAUCCCUUUGUCGACGGAGGCUGUCGCCCUCAAGCUCUACGCCGUCCGAGACACGUGCAACAUCAACCGAGGUAGAGGUUGCAUGGUGGUUCUGGCGGUAUACACGAUUCCGGCGCGCGCGACAAUGGCGCUUCUCGCCUUCAUGAUUGUUCUCCUCUGCUUCAUCAUAAUCUCGCUAAGGAGAUGGACUUCUGGUGUCGCGCACAACCCCUGGAGCAUCGCUGGCAUGGCUGCGCUAUCGACCAAUCCGCACACGAGAGCGGCGGUCGCAGCCCUGCCUACCCGGGCCAAGAACCUCAAGUACAGUCGCAUGCUUGAGCACCUUGAGCAUAAGAAUUUCAGGCUCGGGUACUUUUCCAACGCGCGCGGAGAGGUGGAAUACGGUGUCAUGGUGCAUAGCGAGAGCGCACCGCUUAAACCAUUGAGCCCCAAUCCUGGAGAGACGUGGGAGUUUGACGAGUCCGCCAAGGGCCGGAAAGGCCAUCGUGUCCGAAAUAAGCUUCCUUUCAUCAUGCUGUCCGUUGUCGGUAGGGUCGUCUUCGCAUUGGUUCUGACCGGUGUUCUCAUCCUCGUUGUCUACUACCGGUGGUUCACCUCGGGCGAUGCUGCCUUUAAUGUCUUCAUGUCAAAGACGAACUUUGGAGUCCGCUUCCUGUUCACAUGCUUCGGUGUCGCAAUCAACUUUUGCUGGUCAUCGUUAUUUGAAGGCAUGGCAAUCAUGGGCCCGUAUCAGCGGAUGGCAGUCUCGGCACAGCCCGCUGACCGCUCGAUUCUCUUGUCACCACCUACGAAUUCCUUCACGGGCCUCUGGUCAGCGAUUAAGCGCCGUCACUUUUACUUGAUCGUCGCUGCAUUCGCUGCCAGUAUUGCAGAGUUCCUCCCGUUGCUGUUGAACAAUGUGCCCUACCGAGUGACCCAGACGCUACGAACGAGCAUAGUCUGCACAUACACAUCCAUUGCGGUACUGGCGCUUAUGUUGGUGCUCGUCAUUGCGUCUUUCUUCAUGAAGUGGCCGGAAAUGCCAGUCGACCCAACGACAGUCGCAGGCGCCAUGUAUUAUGUGUGUGAUUCGAAGAUGGUGUGGAGCUUUGCCGAGCUUUCCACCGUUGGAAAGGCGGAGCGGAACGGCAGGGUAGGUAGGCUGGGUGCGCUAACUUUUUUGGCCAACCUGCGUAUCCUAGAUCUGGACCUUUUGCCAGAUUGGCCUGGCAUCACCUCUCACACCUUUACCGCAACUUUAGCCUCGCAGGGACAAAAGAAGCGCAUUCAGUCAGUCGAAUGGGCUCUCUACUAUUUGUUUUGUCUCUGGGAUCCUGAAGAAGCCCAAAACAAACUUGACCAAUAUUUCCCUCCUGUCGAUCAGGUACAGUCAUUGAAUCUGCGAGCUGCUUUACUGCGGAGUCUCGAGCAGGUGAAAAAGAAUGGCUUCCUUGGCAGGGACACAGUCAUACGCAAGACUAUGCUGGACGAGUGCAAAGGUGACAGGUUAGCUGAUGUCCUAGCCACGUUUUCCUUUGCAGUCGUGAGGAAAGUCACUUCAGACCAGUCAGAGGAGAGCGGCGAACACCCGUCCAUUGCCGAGAGGUUGGCACUUGAGAAUCGUGGCUACGCUGGGGAAAGGUCUGAGCUGGCCUUGCUGAAGCUCGCGCACCAAGUGUCGCUGAGCCACGCUCUACGGAAGAAGAAUGAGUCCCGCGCCAUGCUUGAUGACUUUUCUGAGCUUUUGGACGUCAAGGAGCGGGGUAUCUUCCGAAAGAAAGAGCUUGUCAAGAGCGUUGACGCCCAUGACGAUGCGCACGACGUCUCCGAGUCGGACAAACUUGAAGUUGGACGGCUUGUUCAAAACAACUGGGCGGGGAACGAACGAUGGAUCGAGUCUUUGCUAUAUGGAGAUGCAAAUGCCCGUCGUGAUGGGCUUCUUAGUGCGCCAUUUGACAAGGUGUGGAGGCGGGUUCAGGCUGGACGUUUGUCCGAACUCGACGAUCGAGGAUCAGGCCUCGUCGAAGAGUUGGAGAGUCGCGUCAGGUUCCAAAGAGAGAGACUACAGAAAUGGAAAGGCCUACGAUCUACACUAGGCGACAGUGCCGCCAAGGGCACACAGUCCCUGGAUCCGAUGCCAAGCUCUAAAAACGGUCUUGGUCUGCAGCUCAAUGCCCAUCAAAAUCUCCAUCUCGGCCGCCUUAGCCCUGAGAAACGUCCGAAGCAGCUUGAGGAACUUCGUUCUGCCGGGAAGCCCGCAAAACAGCCUCUUAGGGCCCUGCCUCCCCAACCGGUGGCUGCCACCAACCGCGGGCGCUUUAGCGGCGAAACCAGCGAAACCAGCGAAACCCGAGCCGGCCCCGGCUUGGACUGGGAGGAAGAGGAGCUCGGGGCAACGGAAUUGUCCACAGUAGCUGCUCCGGUUGUCACGAGACUGCCUCAGCGGAAGCCCAGCCAUCGCGCCAAACCUAGUCGAAAGUUGGUCAGCGAAGACCUACCGCUUGCUGAGGUAGAAAACAGACCGCGUGACUUACGCAGGCCACCCUUUGAGUCGUCGCGGCCUCACACAGAACGAAUGAUGCCCAAGGCCAAUCCAACUGCGGUGCGACGAGAGGAGGAGGUUGCGCUGCCGGUACCUGAGAUGCCCGACUUCGGCCCUGCCUUGGAAACUACCUUGAAAAAGGACCAUCAUCAGGCAGGGGAUUUGAUGGUGAGCGAGAUCAACAAUACACAACGCCCCGGACGGGAGCCAUCUGCCCCAGCCUCACUAUACCCGCAAGGGCAAACACAAAUGAAAGAGCAAGAAACACCGCCAUCGCCUACGCAGCUUGCAGCAGAUGCUAUCCUCGCCUCCAUGGACAAUUCUUCGCCCCCGAACAAGGAAAAGUAUGGCAGGCUUCGAAGCUGCUCGCCAAAAGCUCAGCUCGAGCGACGCCGGUCACAGAAGAAGUCACGCGCACUCCAGCGGCGCGAGGGAAGCUAUUUUCCCAAACUAGCCGAGGUGGAUGACCAGGAUGAUACUCUAGUUUUGACCUCGGAGUUGAUGGAAGGGGAGCAAAACUAUGACGAUGUCUUCAUGAGCCGGCCCAAGAUUAAGACUAGCCCAGUUCCUUCGCCACUUCCUUCGCCAACAAAGGAAUGGUAG